CACGACCAUCAUCAUCACAACAUUUCAGUCGCGCGCCUCGCCUGUCUCCUUGACACACCCUUCGCUAUUGUUGGCACAGAGAGCGAGCGGCAACCUUGACAUUCCCACACGCCCCUUCAUUUGCACGGUAAAAUCUCGUCUAAGUGGAUCAUUCUUGGUCAAAUAGGGAACGGAAAGCACCAGAGCGGCUAUUGCGGCGAAAGGAAGAUGCACAAACGCUGAACCCGGUGCAGGUACACACGCACGCCCAUCGCGCAUCCACAUAGGCUAUAGAUGCCCGUAGUACCGCACACAGGCAAACUCCGCGGAUCCACCUGUAUUCCCUCGUUCCUCUGUGGAUAAAUGACUUAUUUAAACCCGCGCGUUGUCCCGGGAAAAGAAGUAAGGAAGGCAUGGAAAAGUAUUCUGCCGGUGAUGACUGGUGCUGAGUGAGUUGAGCUGCUGGUUUUGCGCGGAUGUUGGAAACAUGGAGAGAAGGGCUCUCGUAACGGCGAUCAGCUUGUCCAUGAGCCUGCUCGCGCUCAUGCUACUGGUCACAGCGAUUUUCACCGACCACUGGUACGGGACCGACACCAGGAGACACAAGGAGAACUGCGACCGGUACGGGUCGGAGUCCAACGACCAGAAGAACAGAGAGAUGCCCAUCUAUCACCUGCCUUUGGUGGACAGCGGGAAUUCAAAGCGCAACAUGGCUCUUAUGAAGCCCAUUCAUGUAGGGAGUCGAGAGGAGGAACUGUUGGAGAACUGGAGGGCGAUUUUGGGAAUGGGCAUCCUGGAGACGGAGUGCGGGCGCCCGCUUUUCUCCACCUACUCCGGACUCUGGAAGAAAUGCUACUUCCAGGGAAUGGACAGGGAUAUUGACAAACUCAUUCUGAAGGGUAUUGCAGAGCGAUGCACGUCUGUCAAGUAUCAUUUCUCCCAACCCAUCCGACUCAGGAACAUACCUCUCAACCUGACAAGGACCAUUCAGCAGGACGAGUGGCACCUCUUACAUCUGCGGCGCAUCACGGCGGGGUUCUUGGGCAUGGCUGCUGCCGUGAUGCUGUGUGGUAGCAUUGUGGCAGCCGUGGGAUUUUUCUGGGAAGAGAGUCUCACCCAGCAUGUCUCCGGGCUCCUGUUCCUUAUGGCAGGAAUAUUUUGCACAAUCUCACUGUGCACCUACGCCGCCAGUGUCUCAUACGACCUAUCCAGGAACCCUCCUUUCAUCUAUGGUUUGCCCGGCGAUGUGGAUCACGGUUACGGAUGGUCCAUCUUCUGUGCAUGGGUCAGUCUGGGCCUUACAGUGGCAUCUGGUUGUAUCUGCACAACCUAUCCCUUUCUGAGCCGCUCGAAGACCCUCCGUUCCAAAACGGCCAGAGAAUCGUCUGUAUGAGAGCCCCCUCGUGGCUCGCAGGACUCAUAACAUAAAUCAGCACUUGGCGCUUUAGUAAAUGGAUUCAAGUACACUUUUCUUUAAGGAGUGUUUUAUGGGCACUUCACGCUACAGAGCAGCGUCAAAUGUCUUGUAGAUUUCUGAAACCUUCGUUGAGGUUUUAUGAAAUAUGUUGAUGAGGAGGAUGAGGAGUUAGUUUGCUGUGUGUGUGUGUCUUUUACGCACAGGAACAUCACACGCCUACAAAUCAAACACACACACAAAUAUGCAGUACACGUGUGACUAUACAGAACAAAAUCUUUGAUUUGAUAUGGGUAUACGUAUGUUUGUUGGUUGUUAUGUCGUGAUACAAUCAUCCUUUGGAUCAGGUGCAUAUAUACACACUGAGGAUCUGAGCCACAAUUUUUAACGCAAACCAUUUCAAUUUCAAGUGUUUACUCUGAUCAUUCUCCGUAUUAUUAAGUGGACGUCCCCAGUUUAGCCUUUCAUUUCAGUUAAUGAUAUUAAAUGAUGAACUGCUGCCUGAAAAGCUGUUAAUUCAAAGAAAAACAUCAGAAAGCUCUGAUCAGGGCCAAACAGAAUGUUUCAUGUCAAUGAUGUCUACACAUCAAACAAAUGUAUAAAGGCAUGACUGCAUAUACAUAUCACCUUUGGGUAACAGCUGGUGUCCAGGAUUCAUCAAGAUUGAAAAAUCAAAGAGACAUGAGAAGUCUGAGAUCUAGGACCUGGAUAUGCAAAUUUGUGAUUGGAUGGCAUGCCUCUGAAGAUUCAAAACAUGAUCAGGGCUGUCGCUGGCAGUGCAAUCGUAAUAUGACAGCAUGCUUGGAGUGAACGCCCUCCAAUAAACCCACCUCACUCAUGAAAGGCCUCUCAAAACAUAAUUGUUGAAAAUAAUUUAAGUCCUCUUCCACAGGCCUCCACUCGCCUCGGUCCCUUCUGGAAAAGAUGAACUAAUAUUAAAUUGACAAGAGAACUAACUUAGACGAACCGCUGGAUAUUGUUUUCCAAACUGAGCCAAAACAGUAUUAGUGCAGUUUGCCUCAAUACCUCUGUUGUGUUCCUGAAAGUGUAUCGUAAAUAAAAUAUUACAAGGAUGAAAUAAAGAUGUAUGAAGAAAUUAGUGAUUCA